UAUACAGAAAAGAGUAUGGCCACUGGGCAAGCAUGACACGCACAAAAUCGCCCUAUACCGUAAAUUAGGGGUAUGUUGAUCAAGCUGGGAAGGCGGGAACAACCGGUUGCAACAUAUCCAUAGAGAGAGUAUGUGAUUUGUGGUGGCAUCAUCGUCUGAAUCCUCUGUCGACAAGAGAAUUUCCGGCAGGAUCCGAAAGCGCAAAGAGCCUCUUCUUUCAGCUAAACGAUGGCAGAACAAGAAGCAUCUCAACAAUUUCUGACCGAAUUGGAAGCGUUGCGUUACGAACCUUACUACUAUCAAGAGGACAAUAUCUUGAAAUCUCCCUAUCUGCCUAAUCCUGCGCUUUAUACGUUCUUAAAUCUAGAUCCUCUACUCAAACAGUUCAGGAAAAAUGCAGAAUCAUUUCGUGAAAUAAACAAAAUUGCAGGGAGGGACUUGGAUAACGUAAAAUAUUGCAACUUCCCUAUGUUGAAUGAGAUUACAAAUGGGUUCAAGAAAGAGAACUUUAUUGCAAAAACUUUGUUUGGUAGCUUGUACAGAGGCACUAUUGUUCAGCAAGGCUCAAGAAACCGACAAGUGCUAGUGAAGACGUGGGAUUUUUACCGAACGCAUUCUGGUGUUGGCAAUGCUUACUAUGCGGUGUAUCCUUCUACAUUCUAUGCUGAAAUCAAGCUACUUCUUCAAAAGGAAUUGGGAGGACAUGAUAAUGUCGUGAAUAUGAUAGGAUAUUGCCUCGAGAAGAAGCUUGCAGUAAUAUAUGACGGGAAAGCUAAUAAAGUCUUGUCUCAGUUGCUAAAGUCUGAUAACUUUGAUUGGGAUGGGCGAAUGAAGGUGGCACUUCAACUAGCAAAGUUUUUGGAGUGGUUGCAUGCAAAACACAUUAUACUUGGUGCUAUUUCUGCUGAUUCAAUUUUGGUAGAUGAGGAAUAUAAUGUAGCAUUUUUUGAGUUGGGGCUCACUAAGUGUGUAUUGGACUCCAGAAAAGGAGAAUCUACAGGUGAUCUCAAAAUGUCUUAUGCUCAAUUUGCCGCUGCAGAAGAUAAAUCAGAUACAUGGACUUGUAAAUCAGACGUUUUUGCCUAUGGUUCUGUACUCUCCCUCCUGAUAAGGAAAGAGUAUUAUGGGAAUGGCAAUUAUAGUAGCGCAAGAGCAUUUGCAUUGCAGGACUUCAAAAAAAAUCAGAUUCUUGUGAAUAGAGAUUUUCAGGUGGAUGAAGCUGAUGCAUAUCAAAUCACAGAGUUGACAUUGAAAUGUUUGGAGCCGGAUCCCGAUAAUCGAGUUGAUAUGGGUCAUGUUGUUCACUUCUUAGAGCAGUUGGCACUUGAUCACAUUGCCAAGAAACAGAAGUUGAACUAACGAAAGGCUGUUAUGGUUUUCAUUAAGUUAGCCAGUGGUUUAUCGUUAUAUUGCAUUAGCCCAUUAAACCUUUGAUUGGAGGCUGAUUAUGUAUGACAUGUGAAAUGAAAUUGUGUGGCAAACUAUUAAUUUUAACAGAAAAUAUGCCUUCUUAUUGUCUGGUACACUUUAAAAGUGCAUAUGCCUUUUAAAUUUUGUGGUAAAUUUUUCAUCUCUAUUGUUAAGUG